AUGAUGACGGCUGUCCCUCCUGAAGCACUUGCGUUGUCGCCUCACCGCUGGACAGUCUCCGAGAUAAGGAAUGCCGCCUCGCAGAUUUCGCAGACGCCCUUGAACACCCUACCGUAUUUACCCCCUGCCACAGGACGUCGGUACAUAGUGGUUGGCGGCUCAGGCUUCGUCGGUGGUUGGAUAGUCCUGCAUCUUCUCCUCAGAGGAGAGAAUCCGAAGAACAUCCGCAUCGUCGAUAUUCGACGUCCAACUCGAAAAGACAUGCUCACUGGGAGGGCUCUCGAAGUCGGCUUUGUGGCCGCAGAUAUCCAGGAUCUCGCCAGUGUUCGAGAAGCCUUCACGACCAGGUGGCCUACGGGUGCAGAUACUUCGAACGCGGUUACCGUCAUCCACACAGCAGCAGGAAUGCGCUAUUAUGAGCGUCACCCGUCUCUCCUUGCACGUUCGGCUGCGUUAAACGUCGAAGGCACGCGUAACGUGUUGACUGCAGCGAAAGAAGGGGACAUUGAUAUAUUCAUCUACACUUCAUCCGGUAGCAUUCCCGUGCGAAACACGAAUUUCUGGUUCUGGCCAUGGCAGAAGCGCCCGGAAACCCUCGUUCAGGUCGUCAAGACACUUGUUCGCGAGGCCGACGAUCCCAAGAAAGGGUUCCGCACUGGAUGCAUCCGGCCAGGAAGUGGGAUUUAUGCUCACAGCACCAGGUGGCUUGGGCCUAUGAUCCAAUCGGCGGUCUACGUGGAAAACGUUUCUUACGCCCAUCUACUGUACGAGGCGAGGCUUCUGGAGGCGCUCGUUGCCCCGCCAAAUGCGCCGGUCCAAACAUUAGGCGGUGAGACAUACCUUAUCACCGACUCUGGGAACCCCGUCGCAUAUGACGACGUCUAUCUUGCGUUGAGCACCCUCACCAACGAUCGCGUCACUUUUCCCCCUAUUCCAGCAUCACCGAUUCUUGUGGUUGCCCACCUGAUUGAAAUGUACUACCUCCUCCAGUCACGCCUUCCAAGCGUGCUCCCUCCAAUCAAAGGAGAUGCUGUCAAGGUGCAACCGCCCUUAUUCAACUUGACGAUGAUUCACCUGAAGAUCGAUGAUUCGCGUGCACGUUUAUCGUGUUCAGAAGGGGGUUUGGGGUACCAAGGACCGUGGUCGACUCUAGAUGGGGUUUGUCAGGUUGUAUCCAAUCAUUUGGAGGGAGAGAAGGGAGCUAAGCAGGCAGUGUCGAGUACCCAUGGGAGCAUACGAGAUAUUAAGCAGCAUUGA